AGGAGAAGACUCCUCCCUCGGUUCCUGUACACGGGAAGAGCAGCAGCUUUCCCCAGGAAAACCCGACGCGAGAAGGUAAAGAGGUUUUUUUUUUUUUUAAAGCCUUCCGCCCGAUGGCAACGAGCUCGGUAACAUGAUCAUCGCCCCACCUCCUCCACCUCCGCUUCCUCUCCUCCCCAAUUCAAAUUCGCCCGCCCGCCCGACCGCGAAUCCCUCCUCGCUCCGGCACCUCCCGCCCGCGCUCCCCCGAUUCUCCGCCCCCGCCGGAUCCUCUCUCCGACCGGCCGGCCGGCCCGGGGCGAUUCGCGAGCUUGAACGACCGCGCGAUGAAUCCGCCCGCGAACUCGAGCGCCAGCCCCUGGUGUCGCCGACGUCGUCGCAGUCGCUGACCAAGACCGUCAACGGCUCCCACCGGUUCACGAUCCAGGGGUACUCGCUCGCCAAGGGCAUGGGCGUGGGCAAGCACAUCGCGAGCGAGAACUUCACCGUCGGCGGGUACCAGUGGGCGAUUUACUUCUACCCCGACGGGAAGAACCCCGAGGACAACUCGGCCUACGUCUCGGUCUUCAUCGCCCUCGCCAGCGAGGGCACCGACGUCCGCGCCCUCUUCGAGCUCAAGCUCCUGGACCAGAGCGGCCGGGGCAAGCACAAGGUCCACAGCCAUUUCGAUCGCUCCCUCGAGGGCGGGCCCUACACGCUCAAGUACAGGGGCAGCAUGUGGGGGUAUAAGCGUUUCUUCAGACGGGCUAUGCUUGAAACAUCAGAAUUUCUUAAGGAUGACUGUCUGAAGAUCAAUUGCACUGUGGGUGUUGUGGUCUCGGAAAUAGACUGUCCAAGAUUACAUUCCAUACAAGUUCCUGAGUCUGAUAUUGGUGCACACUUUGGCUUCUUGCUGGAGAAAGAAGAAGGCUCUGAUGUUACUUUUAAUGUGUCUGGGGAAAAGUUUCAUGCUCAUAAGCUGGUUUUGGCUGCUCGAUCUCCUGUAUUUGAGUCUGAAUUCCUGAAUGCAAUGGAGGAAGACAGUGAUGAAGUAAUUAUAAGUGAUAUGGAACCUACAGUCUUCCAGGCUUUGCUACAUUUCAUCUACAAAGACACUUUAGAUGAAGACGAGGAGCUUUCAAUACCAAGUGCCUUUUGCAGUCCAUCAGAAAUGCCGGUGGCAAAGCUUCUAGCUGCUGCAGAUAGAUACAAUUUGCCUAGAUUGAAACUGAUUUGUGAGUCCAUUCUCUGUAAGGGUAUAUCUGUGGAUUCUGUUGCCAGGAUCUUGGCCCUUGCUGAGCAGCAUCAUGCCAUGGAUCUAAAAUCUAUUUGUUUGAAAUUUGCUGCUGAAAACCUUGUAGCUGUCAUGCGCUCAGAUGGUUUUGAGUAUCUUAAAGAGAACUGCCCAUCUCUGCAGUCAGAGCUCCUAAAGACAGUUGCAGGAUGCGAAGAGCAAGUCAGUGGAGGAGGAAAUCGAAGUGUUUUUGCACAAUUUUCUGAUGGCAAUGAAACAAAUGACAGGAGUAUUAGGCAACAAGACUGGGAUAAUUUGAAUGUGAGAACUCAGAGCUUGUGGAUGCCCCUCUCCGACGGAGGAGAUGCAAGUGGUCCGAGCCCUGGCCAAGAAAGCUGAAUGGUAAAUAUGUUGCUUUGGAUGACCAAUUAACAUUUUCGUUUGCUGCCAGAUCAAGAAUGUGAAAGAAAAGGACUACAUUAGAAACAAAAGAGUGGGGGAAAUUUUUCCCUCCUCUUCCUUUUGUCCGUUAAACCAUCCAUGUCUCUCAAAGAUUUGGGUUCUGUAGAUUAUUCCUGGCUUUCCUGAAUGUCAAAACAGCAGAGAAACUUGUCUGCCUUUAUUGUCUCGUUAUUUGACUUAUAUUUGGCUGAUCUGACUUAGGUCAAGCUCAUGAGCCGUUGUUCUCUGUAUUCCUGGGAAUGCUGGAUUAAUAAUAGGGUGAUUUCAGCAUGUGAAAGGAA